GAGGUAAGACCAGUCCGACGAAGGGAAGUGAGUUGAUAACCGGAGUGUAUAUACACCGAGGCUGAAGCCACUUAUGAGCACUCCGAGUUCUAGGACAACCGCUACUAUGAAGUUGCUUGCUGCUUCUUUGGUGCUUUCAGAACUUAUCCUUGUGAUGUUGCCUCCGAGGGAUUGUUUCCCUGAUAAAACGCCGACACUUUGUGACGAAGUCCGGUGUGAUCCGGGUUUUACCUGUGGAGAAGCAGAUAGUGUUUGCGGCGAGGAAAUAUGUAAAAUACCGUAUUGUGUGCGCGAAUCUGCAGUUUUACAACAAGUGUUCAGAAAUCCAAUCUAUGUGAACCACUCCUCGAACGAGUCAGCCGAGCCAGGAAGUUUAAACCUCUCCUUCCCAGAAGCAAUGCCGUCGUCAGGAGACCCAGGCACCCAAAUUGAAGUAACGGGAAGUCCAGAAUAAGACAGUGAAGAGACGCAGUUCCAGCACAUCGCCCCUCAUCCCAACAUGUCCUGCGUACAAGGGCUGUGCCAUGUUCCUGAACAUGUUCCUGAACAUGUUCCUUAUUAUCUGCCUUCAACGUUGAUGUGUUGAUUGUAAUAUUUUGUCAAAUAAACUUGACGAUUUCGAA